UUCUAAGGAAAACAGUUAAUCUAGUAGAUCAACACGAUCAUCAUGAAAAUGAAUAUCUAUUGUCUACUGCUGGGUAAGGAGUUAUAUAAAUCUGUCAUAAACUAUAAGUUCUGAUCAGUUAAUAUUACUUACAUUCAUACACUUGUAGUAGAGAUGUCCUACAAUUUUUAAUAUUUUAUUUAGAAAUUUAAAUUUUUAAUUUUUUUGAUUUAAUUUUAUGAACAAUUGUUUAUAUCUUUAAAAUGAUCAGAAACUUAUUUAUGUGAAGGGCAUGUUUCCUAUAUAUAUAAGUCAAUAUUUUAUCUAGUACAUGUAUUGGUGUAUCAGAUUAACUUUAAAUUGAAUUGAAAUGAAUAUUUUCUUCAUUCAUAAAUAAAUAAAGGGCCUCUCCGGCAGAGUUAACUUGUCAAAAGUUGUUCAUUCUUGAAUGAGUGUCAAUGUAUAUGUCUUCAGUAUUUUACCAAAACAUUUGAUUAAUAUGAAUGAAAUGAGAUGUUGGAUAUACUUAUAUAUGACAGCAAGUAAACAGCACAACAAAUGAAAAUAAAGGUCAACAUUCUUAUAUAUUGUUAAACACUGGACUACAGGGUGUCAAAUUGUCUGGGAAACUUUUGUCCACACAACUGAUCUUGAUUCAAGUUAAUUUUGAGGUUUCCAUACAAAAGUUAAUCAAUCAGAACUUGUUAUACUUGGGGCAAUUUAGAAUUUUGUUGUUGGAUUGCUGUCUCAAUAAGUCUCAUUAAGUAAUGUUCAUAUUCAUAUUGGAUUCCUUUGUAUUUUCUUUCUAAAAAUAAGAAUUUUGUGUUCCUUGGAAUUAAUUUUCAUUCCUUUAUUUCUGUUUCUUUAUAACUUCAACUUGAAACAAAACUGACAGACAAUUUAACAAAAAAAAAAUUACACAUCAAAUCAAAUAAGUCCACAGUAAUUUGAUGUAUUUUUUUUAUUCUAAUUUUAAUUCCUAUUUUUUUUUCCUUUUUUUAAUUGGGAGUUAGGGUCAUUGGGUUGCUAUCUAAGUGAUAUGUCCACAUGACAUCUCCUUUCAUUUAUAUUCAAAAGGGUUGAAAGUUACAGUAUACAGUAAAAGACUUUUAAAAAUGAUAUAAACAAGUAAACUUAUAUACUAUAAAAUAAAGCUGAACAAAUCAAACUUUAACCGAGGGAGAUGUCAAGAGCAAAAAUAAGAAUCAAGCACUUCUGAUCAAUUGGAUCUAUCUUAUUGUCUGGUUGUUGAAGCAAGCCUUCAUCACUUCUUUAAAAUAGAUUUAACUUGAAGAAAAGCAGACAUACAUGUGAACUAUAGAAAGAAUAAUAGACUAUUAUCCCCCCCCCCCCCCACAUUCUGUAUGUACCUGUCGUAAGUCAGGAGCCUGUAAUUCAGUGGUUGUCAUUUGUUGCUGUAUAUCAUAUUUGUUUUUUUUUCUUUUUUGUUUUAUCAAGUAUUCUCGUUUGAAUUGUUUACAUUCAGGGCCUUUUAUAGCUGACUUUCCUAGGUUUUGCUGAUUUUUGAAGGCCCUACAGUGACCUAUAGUUGUAAAAUUCUAGUCAUUUGGUCUCUUGUGAAGAGUCAUCUCAUUGACAUUCAUACCACAUCUUUUUGUUUUUAUAUUAGACAGACUGAAAGGCUUACUAUAUACAGUGCGUCAGCUUGAUCAAAUAGAUAAAAAUCAAUCAAUCUUCCUGUGUUAACCUUGAUGUUUUAUUAUACAUUUCAGUGUUAACAUUAGUGAUUGUAGAAGCAGAAAGAUGCAUGUCUUCAUGGGAAGAAUAUGACUCAGAAACACAACUGUGCUGUGAUUCUGGAGUAACAUCCAAAUUCAACAAACAUGGACAGGAGUUAGAUUGCUGUAGUGAAAAAAGAUUCAUUGUUGACACUGAGAUAUGUUGUAAAAAGGAUGUGUUCAAAAAGCUUGCAGAAGAUGGUAAAGAAGUAAGCUGUUGUGGAGCUAUCCCUUACCAAAAGUCACAAAAAGUCUGCUGCAAUAACAUCUUGCAUGACAAAAUUAAUGGUAUCAACAGUUGCUGUGGUUCAACACCUAUUGACCAAAAAACAACAACUUGCUGUAGGGAUAGAAAUGGUAAUAAAAAGUCACACAGCAUAGGAACUCAUAAGAAAUGUUGUGGGGUUGAAUAUUACAACAAAACAACACAUUACUGUAAAUCCAGUAAGGAAGAAAUUGUCCUACCCUUAUUUAAAUCCUUAUGUAACAACACCGAGUAUGACAUUAGGAAACAGAAAUGUUGCUCCACAAUGUUACAUAAUGUCAGUGAUAGUGAUGAGCAUUAUAAAUGUUGCGGCACAAAGUUGUAUAAUACAAUUGAUGAAAAAUGUUGUGAUGGAAGUUUUACCAUACCACAUGAUACUGAGUGCUGUGAAAAAGGCCAUUACCAUCCAAGUAGUCAGAAGUGUUGCAAUGGGCUCCCUAUCAACAUAACAUCAUCAACAGAGGACUGUUGUGGGAAUGGAUUGUAUGACAGUCAAUACCAAUCAUGUUGUGGGAGUGUAAUAUACAACACAUCCUCUCACCAGUGUUGUAAACCUGGAGGCGACAUUAUUGUUAAAUCUUCUGAAUACAAAUGCUGCGGAAAAGCCAGUUAUGACAGCCAUGAAGAUGUUUGCUGCACAAAACACAACUUCAAUCAUGAAACAUUUAAAAUAAUUACAAAAUCUGUUGAAUACCAUGACACAUGCUGUGUUCCUUCUGACCUUGAGAAAAGUCAGUCCUAUUCAAGUAUUACACAUAGAUGCCAGCUGGGUGGUAUUAUUAAUAAAACUGAUAUGUGUGGUAACGACCAAUAUAAUGAGACCUCAGACCUAUGCUGUGAAGGAGUUUUGGAUAAGAUGGGGUUAGAUGAAGGAAGAGAUUGCUGUGGAAUAAAAAGUUAUAACAAGACUACAAAGAUCUGUUGUGACAACACAAUUUACUUAAAAACAAACAAACAGAGCUGUCAUCAAAAUAGCAUAGAGUAUAUAGAUGAGAUCCAUCCUACACUGCCUAGGCAUACAGACUAUGGAAUAUGUUCUUACUGUUACUUACACCGCAUCGAGAAUGUCAAACUAUUUCUGGAGUCAGCUACUAAUCUAUGUAAACAAUUUGUUCUGAAGAUUGCUAAUAUAAACACGUCAAUGGCUGGUAACACAACGACAGUGGAUGGUAUCAUAUGGAAAGAUUUGAUCUCUAAGGAAACUUUUAAAAAACAAAAGGUUCAAUUCCAAGUACCUUGUACAUGUCAACUGAACACAAGACCAAUUAUCCUUCUGACAGACCUGGAUGAUUAUAGCAAUCUGUUGAGAUUAGGUGACAGUGACCUAAUUAUUCCAUGGAGUAAAAGAGCAAGCAAUUACCUGCAGAAAAAGGCAACACAGUGUGUAAAUGACAAAAAUAAAUUUGUCUUUGACAAAGUGGCUGGGAUCAAAAUAUCUAUUGAAUUAACAAAAUCUGAAAUGAAGUUAUAACAACAUCUCAAAUUAGGUCAAGGAAUUAAAAUUCUUGUUUCCUAUGAAAGUAUAAGUUUCCUUACACUUGAUUUCAAAUAUUUCCAAGAAUUAGUUAUAAAGUUUGCUAUAGCUUAUCAUGAAAAUAAUUGUGAUUUCCUAAAAAAUAACAAUGCCAAUAUACUUUUCAUAGGACUCGAGCAAGAUGUUAAUACUACCAGCCAAUGCUUUGCCAAUUCCCCAUUUAAAAUAUAACAAUAUUGUGGAAAUCAUAUAAGUUUUAAGUCAAGAAAUUAUUUGGGAACUCAGAUAUCCCAAACAAAAUGUAAUUAAUAAGUCGCAUUAUAUAUGUUUUAAAUCAAGCAAAUUUCACAAAACACCUUCUAUUUUUGGAGAACUGGUCAUAAGAACUAGGUCAGAGAGGUGGAUAUUGGUAAAGCUAGUUUAAUUAUACUCAGGUUGUAGGAUGUUGAAGAUAGUUGAUGGACUGUAUGAAAAAAUCUAUGUGAAAUCUCAAAGACAAGCAAAAUCAGUUCUUAAUCUAAUAUCAUUUUGUUUGUAAUGACAAAUGUUGAUAGGGCUUUUUGCUUUGUAUUAUGUUAAUAUACUGCCAUCAUCAAUAUCAUUAAGUUUAUGUCCAUCUCAUAUGUGUGUUAGUCUUAUUUGACUGUAAAAUGGCCUAUUUAUCAACUUCUCAUUUUACUAUCAUGCAUUGUUGUAAAUAUACAUGUUUAUUUAUGUAAUAUUACAUUUUAUAAUAAAAGUGUUUUAGAUCCUU